GGCACGGUGGUUAAGAGCUUGGCUGCUAAGUGAAAAGGUCGGCAGUUUGAGUCCACCAGCCGCUCCUUGGAAAUCCUAUGGGGCAGUUCUACUCUGUCCUUCCUAUAGGGUCGCUAUGAGUCAGAAUCGACUCAACAGGCAAGGGGUUUUUAUCAUUUUCGUAAGGAGCCCUAGUGGGGCAAUGGUUAAUCGCUGGGCUGCGGCUAACCGAAAAUUGGCGGUUUCAAUCCACCAGGCGCUCUGCAGGAGAAAGAUGUGGCCGGUCAGCUUUCGUGAAGAUUACAGCCUUGGAAACCCUAUGGGGCAGUUCAACUGUCCUACAGGGUCGCUAUGAGUCAGAAUUGACUCCAUGGCAACCAGUAAAUAAUUUAAAUGUAUUACUCUGACUUCUCCCCUUCUUCUUAGUGGUUCUCUCCAAGAACGGGGCUGUACCACUCUGAUUCAUUCCCCCUUUGCCCAGUGUUUUUUUUUAUCGGCUAGGAGAGGGAUUGUACCAUCUUAACUUCUCCGUCUCCCCAGUGACAACUGUAACUGACUUUUUCUCCUUUAACCAGUGGUAUCUCCCUUGAGGAUCAGGACCCCCCCUCCCCGCGAUGAGAGGGCACUUUUCCUUCUCUGAACUUUGCAGAAACCUAUAGAACCUAGUUCCAAGACCAGUUCCUCCCGGAUACCCUCAGGUUUCUACACCUUAACGACCAAGCCCUGGCCAACGCCCCCCCCCCCGUCCCGCCUUCUGUGAAACAGUCCUACUGUACGGAGUGGACGCUAAGAUGGCGGCCCUCAUAUAGAAGCGCCUUUAGCGCAGCCAUGUUCCUCGCCUGACAACGCCGCUCAUGGACACUGAAUGGGGAAAGCCGCCGAAGGUUCUUAAUUGCGCCUUGCUGAGUGUGGGUAGACUACAACCUCUCCAUCCCUUAUAAUCUUGUGUAAAACUAACAGCCAAAGAAGGGACAGUGUCACGGGUGACGGAAGCGUUAGGAAACGGAAGUGGCCCUCAGAGGCCAUUUAAGUGCUGUUGGCGCGCGGGGCUGAGCACGAGGUUUAAUGUCCUGAGAGUCACUGAGGUGAUUUUGAGGGGAUUUCUGGGUUUCUCUGUGGAGCUCUUGAGCCUUAUCCCUUGCUGGAGGCUGCAGGAUCUUCGAUUCAUUCCAGCCCCAUCCUGCAUACAGACAUCUCUCCCUCCAGCUUUGGAAGGUGGGCUGAGGCCCAGGGUGAACAUGCCAGCUAAUGGGAAAUCGCCCCAAAGGUUCCCUUCCCUGGUUCCAGAAAAACCUGGCAGAUCAUUUGAGAGGCAUUCGACUGUGUGGAUCAUAACAAAUUAUGGAUGACACUGCGAAGAAUGGAAAUUCCAGAACACUUAAUUGUGCUCACGAGGAACCUUUACAUAGAUCAAGAGGCAGUUGUUCGGACAGAACAAGGGAAUACUGAUUGGUUUAAAGUCAGGAAAGGUGUGCGUCAGGGUUGUAUUUUUUCACCAUACCUAUUCAAUCUGUAUGCUGAGCAAAUAAUCCAAGAAGCUGGACUAUCUGAAGAAGAACGGGGCAUCAGGAUUGGAGGAAGACUCAUUAACAACCUGCGUUAUUCAGAUGACACAACCUUGCUUGCUGCAAGUGAAGAGGACUUGAAGCACUUACUAGUGAAGAUCACAGACCACAGCCUUCAGUAUGGAUUGCACCUCAACAUAAAGAAAACAAAAAUCCUCGCAACUGGAAGAGUGAGCAACAUCAUGAUAAAUGGAGAAAAGAUUGAAGUUGUUAAGGAUUUCAUUUUAUUUGGAUCCACAAUCAACACCCAUGGAAGCAGCAGUCAAGAAAUCAAAAGAUGCGUUGCGUUGGGUAAAUCCGCUGCAAAGGACCCCUUUAAGGUGUUGAAGAGCAAAGACUAAGGUGCGCCUGACCCAAGCCAUGGUAUUUUCAAUUGCAUCAUAUGCAAGUGAAAGCUGGACAAUGGAUAAGGAAGACCGAAGAAGAAUUGAUGCCUUUGAAUUGUGGUGUUGGCGAAGAAUAUUGAAUAAACCAUGGACUGCCAAAAGAACGAACAAAUCUGUCUUAGAGGAAGUACAGCCAGAAUGCUCCUUAGAAGCAAGGAUGGUGAGACUGCGUCUUACAGACUUUGGACAUGUUGUCAGGAGGGAUCAGUCCCUGGAGAAGGACAUCAUGCUUGGCAGAGUACAGGGUCAGUGGAAAAGAGGAAGACCCUCAACGAGGUGGAUUGACACAGUGGCUGCAACAAUGAGCUCAAGCAUAGCAACAAUUGUGAGGAUGGCUCAGGACCGGGCAGUGUUUCGUUCUGUUGUGCAUAGGGCUGCUAUGAGUUGGAACCGACUCGACGGCACCUAACAACAACAACGUAUAGGCGGUACUACUUUUUUUCAGCCUCAGUAGCCUACUGUUAGUUUCCAUGAAUCAUCUGCCUUCGUCACAGCGUACACCGAGCUAUUGUAAAAUCUGUUAGUACCAGCACCUCAGAUUCUAACGUCAUUAAUUAAAGUGGUAAUCUCUCUUGUCCAUCACUAAUCUGUAUUGUACCUGGAGUUAGAAGACCAGAAGGGAAGAACACGCUCGGUGUUUCUCAAGCUGAAAGAAAUGAAGAAAAAAUUCAAACCUCGAGUUGUAGUAUCAAAUGAUUCUACCAGGAAAAUAUUAAACAAUGCAGGAAGCAUCCAAAAGAAGAUGGAAGGAAUACACAGAGUCACAAUACCAAAAAGAAUUGGUCAGUGUUCAGCCGUCUCAGGAGGUACCAUAUGAUCAGAACUGAUGGUACUGAAGGAGGAGAUCCAAGCUGCACUGAAGGUACAAUAUUAGGGUGUAAUGACCCAAGCCGUGUAUUUCAAUUGCCUCAUAUGCGUACGAAUACUGGUCAGUGAAUAAGGAAGAUGGAAGAAGAAUUGAUGCAUUUGAAUUAUGGUGUUGGCGAAGAAUAUUGAAUAUACCAUGGACUGCUAGAGGAAAGAAGAAAUACAGCCAGAAUAUUCCUUAGUAAGAAGUGAGGAUGGUGAGGCUUCAUCUCACGUACUUUGGACAUGUUAUCAGGAGGGACCAGUCCCUGGAGAAGGACAUCAUGCUUGGGAUCAGUGUCAUUCGAGGACGUGGCUGUGGAUUUUACCCGGCAGGAGUGGCAUGGACUAGAUCCUGCUCAGAGGAUUAUGCACAAGGAUGUGAUGCUGGAGAACUACAGCAACCUGGCAUCUGUGGGCCUCUGCGUGGCCAAACCAGAGAUGAUCUUCAAGUUGGAGCAAGGGGAAGAGCUGUGGAUAUUAGAGGAGGAAUCUUCAGGGCAUAAUUACUCAGGCUCUCUCUCACUGCUAUGUGGCAACAAUUCUGUUGGGGGAAAUGCCCUUUUGCUUGAUAAGGACCUUCAGCAUCAGAAGAUAAAAACUUUGGAUCAGACUGUUGAAUAUAAUGGAUGUGGGAAAGUCUUUCGUAAGAAAACAGACUUUGUUAGACAUAAGAGAACGCACAUAGGAGAAAAAAACUUUGAAUGUCAUGAAUGUGGGAAAACUUACUGCAGGAAAUCAAACCUUGUUGAACACCUGAGACUACACACUGGGGAGAGACCCUAUGAAUGUGGUGAAUGUGGAAAAACCUUCAGUGCAAGAUCAUACCUCAUCGCUCAUCGCAAAACUCACACAGGGGAAAAGGCUUUUAAAUGUAAUGAAUGUGGGAAAUCUUUUGCCAGGAAGUCACGACUUAUCCUACAUCAGAGAACACACACAGGAGAGAGACCCUAUGAAUGCAAUGAAUGUAAAAAAACCUUUUCCGAAAAGGCAACCCUCACAGUUCAUCAGAGAGUGCACACGGGGGAGAAACCCUAUGAAUGUAGUGAAUGUGGAAAAAACUUCCGUACAAAGAAUUCCCUAACUCAACAUCAAAGGAUUCACACAGGCGAGAAACCCUAUGAAUGUGAUGAAUGUGGGAAAAACUUCCGUGCGAAGAAUUCCCUAACUCAUCAUGAAAGGAUUCACACAGGCGAGAAACCCUAUAAAUGUAGUGAAUGUGGGAAAUUCUUUAGACUGAAGAUGACUCUCAGUAAUCAUCAGAGAACUCAUACGGGUGAAAAACCCUAUCAGUGUCAUGAAUGUGGGAAGUCUUUCAGGGUGCAUUCGUCUCUUGGUAUACAUCAGAGAAUUCACACAGGAGAGAAGCCUUAUGAAUGUAAUGAGUGUGGUAAUGCUUUCUAUGUUAAAUCACGCCUCAUUGAACAUCAAAGAAUGCAUUCAGGAGAAAAACCCUACAAGUGUAGUGAAUGUGGGAAAAUCUUCAGUGUGAAGAAAUCCCUUUGUCAACACCAGAGAACUCAUACAGGAGAGAAACCUUAUGAAUGUAAUGCAUGAGGAAAUGCCUUCUAUGUGAAAGUACGCCUCAUUGAACAUCAGUGAAUUCACACAGGAGAGAGACCCUUUGAAUGUCAAGAUGUGGGAAAGGCUUUUGCUGGAGAGCACACCUCACAGAACAUCAGAGAACUCACAUCAACCAGUCCUUACCUUGUAAAAUUGAGAAAGCCUCUACUUGAAGACUCCUUUUACCAUUUGAUCAAGCCCGUUGGGGCAUCUGGUCACGAGGGCACACAGAGUACACCUGUAACAAUUUGGCACCUACUUUGGUAGAAAAAGUCUGAGCCCCGCAGGGGAUAGAUCACUGUUUUCAUUUGGAUUUCCCUAAAUAGUGGUGAAAUUGCCCAUCUUCUUAUCUGUUGAUUGGCUAUUUCGGUUUUUUGCUCUUGCUCAUUGACCAAUGAUAUCCUUUGCUCAUUGUUUUUUAACAGGUUGUUUAUCCUAUAGUUCUUGGUUUAAAUGCUGUUGUUGGUUUGUAUGCUUUUAACAUAUGAGGAUAUAAAAAUCCUUAGUGAUGUGUGUUGCCGAUACUCUCUCCCAGACUGUGGCUUGUUCUUUGUUAACUCUUUUCUUCUACUGAAGUUUUGUAUUAUCAAUUUCAAGGUGAUAGUAUUCUCCUAUACUUUUCUCUGAAGUAUAAUGUGAAGUCUGCAAUAUAUAAUCCUUUGCUGUCUUUCUAAAAGUUUACAUAAAUGGCAUCACACUAUGUUUAAAGUUCUGCAAGUUGCUGCUUUCUGGUAAUUUUAUCUUUCUAAGAUCUAUCCAUGUUGACAAAUAUAGGUCUGGUUUUUUCAUUUAUCUCUCCAUUCCCCUGGUUAAGGACAUUUGUAGUGUUUCUAUGUUUAGUGUCUAAACCUAUAAGUGGAACUGAAGGGUGUAGGCAAUGUGCCAGUUCUUAAGCUACUGUUUCCUAGUUCCAAACCCACCCUUCUAUACUGUGCUUUGUGAUGUUGGGGCUGUGACUCUACAAUUUACAUUUCUGUCCUGCCAGCUGUUCUCUGUUCUGCCUUUCCAAAAAGACAUACCAGAGAUAAUCUUUGAGGCUGGAGAAGGAAGAAGACACUUGCUUUGUUUUCCUUCCUGUUUAUUUGAGUGUCAGCCCAGCACUGCUUCUUCACUUGGGCAGUGCAUUUCCUUGCUAUAGCAGCAGUUUAAUCCAGUUUGUAGUUUUCCAGCACUCACAGAACCAGCCUUAUGGUACCCUAUGCCCCUCAGAGUCAAUAGCGUCAGCAGGCUAGUACCACUUCCUUAGAGUCCUGAGUCCUGGCCACAUGGGACCCCUCCUUGACCCUUCUCGGCUGCUAUCUGAAAGGUCAGUGGUUCGAACCUACCAGCUGCUCUGUGGGAAAAAGAUGUGACAGUCAGCUUCCAUAAAGAUUACAGCCUUGGAAGCUGUAUGGAACAGUUCUACUCUGUUCUGUAGGGUCGCUAUGAGUUGGAAUUGACUUGAUGGCAGUGGGUUUGGGUUUUGGUUUUCCAGUUUUUUCCCUUUAUUAUCCUAGCCUGGCUACUUCUUGCGGUUCCUGCCUCCAUUUUAGUGUCCUCUUUCUGUCUUUUCAGUUACAUGCUUAACAACUUCAUGUUGUAGUUAGUUGCCAUUGAGUCAAUUCCAACUCAUGGAGACCCCAUAUGUUACAGAGUGGAACUUCUCCAUAGGGUUUUCUUGGCUGUAAUAGCAGAAGCAGAUCCUCAGGCCUAUCUUGCCCAGUAUCACUGGGUGGGUUUGAACCACUUGCCUUUAGGUUAGCAGUUGAGCGUAAACCAUUUGUACCACUUACUUCUCUUUUUUUUUUUUUAAUAAUUUUUCUUGUGCUUUAAGUGAAAGCUUACAAACCAAGUCAGUCUCUCACACAAAAACCCAUAUACACCUUGCUACACACUCCCAAUUACUCUCCCCCCUAAUGAGACAGCCUGCUCUCUCCCUCCACUCUUUCCCUUCGUGUUCUUUUCGCCAGCUUCUAACCCCCUCCACUCUCUCUUCUCC